AUGAGACCAUCACCACAGACGGCGCCAUCGGGAAUGGCUGGAAAUGGCAUGAGGCAAAAGGCGUCCCACUCCAAUUCCAACGGAGCCCAGUCAACGAAGUCACCGCUUCCCCUCAGCUCCCUGACCAACGCUCCCUUGGACCUGGCUUCAGUCGAGCGAAGGGGCCAGCCCAACGCGUGCCCUGAGCCAGUCAAGAGGAAGAGCCGGCCGCACGGAUUGCAGGAAGCGCCUUCAUAUCGGCCGACCGAGGAGGAAUGGAAGGAGCCGUUUGAGUACAUCACCAAGAUUUCGGCGGAGGCACGGCAGUAUGGCAUUUGCAAAAUUAUUCCGCCAGAUUCUUGGAAUCCCGACUUUGCUAUUGACACAGAGCGCUUCCAUUUUCGCACCCGCAAACAAGAGUUGAACUCUGUUGAAGGCAGCACUCGUGCGAAUCUGACUUACCUCGAUGCUCUUGCCAAAUUUCACAAACAGCAAGGGACGAAUAUGACACGAUGGCCGUACGUUGACAAGAAGCCGCUCGAUCUUUACCGUUUAAAGAAGGCUGUUGAGGCCCGGGGUGGGUUUGAGAAGGUCUGCAAACUCAAGAAAUGGGCCGAAAUCGGCCGUGAUUUGGGCUACAGUGGGAAGAUCAUGUCUUCUUUGUCUACCUCACUCAAGAAUUCGUACCAGAAGUGGCUUUGCCCGUAUGAGGAAUAUUUGCGGAUCGCUAAACCAGGAGUCCACCAGCAACUGGAGCUCGAAUACGGCGGUCCUUUGACGCCUAGCCCUGCGCCUAGCCCCAUGAAACGAUCCAACGUGGCUACCCCAGCGGGCGUCGGCUCCGAGUCUCCCGCCAGACUAGCUGCGGAGGCCCUGCGAGCUUCGAUCAAUGGCCACACUAGGGAGGCGGACGCCGACGUGUCGAUGUCCGAUUCCAACGCUGCGAAGCCCAAAUCCGGCUUUACGGCAGUCAACUCCGGUGGAUUUACCUCCGUCAAUUCAGGCUUUACGAGUGUCAAUCGCCCAUCAGCUGCGGUGUCAGAUGGGAAGAGCCCGGCAACGCCGAAGCCGAACGGUACGCCCGCCGUGUCUGCGAAGAACACCCCCGAAUUUCGCUCCUCUGCGUUAGGACCUUCAGGUUUGAAGCGGCAAAUGAGUUGUGAGAAUCUGGAGGCGGCUAAGAAGGAGCCGGUCGAUGGCGAUGAUGGAGAUUCAGGGAGCCGUCGGAGUAAGAGGCUGAAGAAAGACACGAUACCUACAGUUGCUGGUUCACACAUGUCUCUGUUCCGCUCUGCCCCUCCCAGGAUCCCCCGAGACGAAUCUGCAGCCCCCGGUCAGGGAUGCGAGCAAUGCGGCAAAGGCUAUAUGGGGACGGGUUUCCUCCUGACGUGUGAAUCGUGCGACCAUACUUACCAUGGCAGUUGCCUGGAUCCUCCGCUCAAGAUCAAGCCGGAGACCGAGUGGAACUGCCCGCGUUGCCUCGUUGGCGAUGGCCAAUUUGGCUUCGAAGAAGGUGGAUUAUACUCACUCAAGCAGUUCCAAGAGAAAGCUGCCCAGUUCAAACAGCAAUAUUUCUCGGACAAGAUGCCAUUUGAUCCGGUUCUCAACUGCCACCGGCCCGUUACCGAAGAUGAUGUCGAGCAAGAAUUCUGGCGCCUGGUGGCUGAUAUUGAAGACACCGUGACGGUGGAGUACGGCGCUGACAUUCACUGCACUACACACGGCUCAGGUUUUCCCACAAUUGAGAAGUUCCCCGACAACCCAUACGCGACCGACCCCUGGAAUCUAAACGUCCUCCCGCUCCACCCGGACAGUCUGUUCCGGCACAUCAAAUCCGAUAUUUCUGGCAUGACGGUCCCAUGGGUGUAUGUCGGCAUGACUUUCUCGACAUUUUGUUGGCAUAACGAAGACCAUUACUCCUACUCGGCCAACUACCAGCACUUUGGCGCCACGAAAACCUGGUACGGGAUUCCGGGCGACGACGCUGAGAAGUUUGAGAACGCCAUGCGCGAGGCGGUUCCUGAGUUGUUCGAGACACAGCCAGACCUGCUCUUCCAGCUGGUGACCUUGCUUACACCGGAGCAACUGCAAAAGGCUGGCGUGCGUGUGUUUGCUCUCGACCAGCGUGCGGGUCAACUUGUCAUCACCUUCCCGCAAGCCUACCAUGCCGGGUUCAACCAUGGUUUCAACUUCAACGAGGCUGUCAACUUUGCGCCGUGCGAUUGGGAGCCAUAUGGCCUUGCGGGGGUUGAGAGACUUCAGCAAUUUCGUCGUCAACCAUGCUUUUCACACGACGAACUCUUGUGGACCGCGGCGGAGGGUGUCACAAGUGGGGGACUCACCAUCCAGACAGCGAAAUGGCUGUCGCCGGCGCUGGAGAAGGUUGAGAAACGGGAGCUGUCUCAAAGAGAGGACUUCAUCGCAAAGCACGAGUUCAUCGCCAAGCACCGCGAUGCAAAACACCCCAACGAGCAUCACAAGUGCGUGUUUGGCGGGGAGGGUGAUGACGAGUGCCUCAUGACGUUAAAGAUCGAUGAUACCGAUGUUCCGGAAGAGGAGUACGGAUGCUUCUACUGCAAAGCUUUCACCUACCUGUCAAGAUUUAUUUGCCUUAAAACGGGCAAGGUCUUAUGUCUCAUGCAUGCAGGAAAUCACCCGUGCUGUGAGAUGCCAGAGUCUGACAGAAUCCUUGGCAAAGAACAUGCCCUCUAUUACCGCAAGUCGAAUGAAGUCAUGGCCGCGACGCGCAAGAAAGUGGCGGAUAAGGCACAGGUCCCAGAAGCUUGGGAGGAGAAAUACGAGAAACUCUUGGACGAAGAAGACACGCCGUCUCUAAAGGCUUUGCGGGCGCUGUUGGCCGAAGGCGAGAAGAUUCCGUUCGAGCUACCCUCACUUCCCGUGCUCAAGGCCUUCGUCGAGCGUUGCAACCACUGGGUCGAAGAGGCGACAAACUACACGGUCCGGAAACAGCAGAAUCGGCGCAAGAACGAGAAGGUGUGGCAGACGGCAGCGCGCAGGUCAAUCGGAAACGCUCAGCAUGAACAGAAGGAGAUGCGCAGCGUCAUGGACAUCUAUCGUCUUCUCAACGAAGCCAAGCAGAUUGGGUUUGACAGCCCAGAAAUUGUGCAGCUCCAGGAGCGUGCCGAUGCGAUCAAAGCCUUCCAAGAGGACGCCAAGAAGCUGCUCGAACACCCUCAGACCCGUUCUCUAGGCCCGGUAGAGAAGCUGUUGGAAGAAGGCCAAGGCUUCAACGUUGAUAUCCCGGAAUUGGAUCAGCUGACCCGACUCAUGGAUCAGUUGCAGUGGAACGAGAAAGCCAGCAGCAGCCGCACCACGAUCAUGACGCUCGACGAAGUCCGACAACUUCUUGAUGAGGGCCGCCGACUUAACGUGCCGGUCUACAACGACCACCUCGCUUUCUACAACGAGCAGUUGGCGUCUGGUCACAUGUGGGACAAGAAGGUGCAGGAACUCAUCAACGCCGAUUCCAUCCAUUACCCACAACUCCAGGCUUUGGCGGACCAGGUUCAGGCCAAUGCCUGGCCUGUCUCCCCGCAGACCAUGGCUACGGUAGACCAAAUUCUUCAUAAACAACGUGAAGCGCACCGUCAAAUCAUGGACCUCAACGAACGAUCGCAAGAACAUGAUUACAAGAAGCGGCCAAAGUACACUGAGGUUGCCGAGGUCAUGAAGAAGAUCGAGGAGCUGCAGGCCAAGCCGACCGGAACGCACGAGCUGGAGAAGGAGCAGAAGCGGCACGAGGACUGGAUGAGGAAGGGAAAGAAGCUCUUUGGGAAGACCAACGCCCCUCUUCAUAUUCUUAAGAGCCAUAUGGAUUACGUCCUGGAUCGAAACCUCGAUUGCUUUGACAUCGUCCACGACAAGCCUCGUGUCCCUGCGGAGCCUGCGUCCAGAGAGCCCAGCCCGGACAAGGAGAAGGUCAGCCGAUGGGAAGACCCGAAGUUCCGCGAGGUCUUUUGCAUCUGCCGCCGCACCGAAGCCGGCAUGAUGAUUGAGUGCGAGCUCUGUCACGAGUGGUACCACGGCAAGUGUCUCAAAAUCGCCCGUGGUAAGGUCAAGGAAGAUGACAAGUACACGUGCCCGAUCUGUGACUGGCGUGUCAAGAUCCCUCGUGAUGCCGCUCGCCCCAAGCUGGAGGAUCUCCUGUCUUGGCAGGAUGAGAUUCCCAACUUGCCUUUCCAGCCCGAGGAAGAGGAGGUUCUCAAGAAAAUCAUUGACAACGCGACCGAUUUCCGCAAUCACAUCAGUGGCUACUGCAACCCGAUCAUGGCCACAGCCUCGGAAGCCGAGACCCAGCGGUUCUAUCUGCGCAAGAUUGAAGGCGCCGAGAUCCUCUUGGCCUAUGAGACCAACUUUUUCCGCCAGGAGUUGCACAAAUGGAGUCCCGUAGCCCCGGAGCCCCCACCGGUCCUGGAAGUAUCUAAGAGCACGCGCAAGCCGCGGCCGACCAAGUUACAGAAGAUGCUGGCCCACUACGGCGUGGACGACCCGGACGACCUCCCUGAGAACGUCAAGGGCAAGGCUAACAGUCUGAAGCGCAAGGCGAUGAAUGCGGAGGCCGCUGCGGCCGCUGCCUCAGCCCCCUCAGGCUCCAUUAUGAUGGUCGGCAGCCCCGGGUUUGGCCCCUCGCCCCAUACCUUCUUCCAGAGGAAUUCCUCAGUCCAACCCUCGGGCCCGGGUCUGGCGGGCAACCUCCACGCCCACUCCUCGGCCGGGUCAGACGCGUCGCCAUCACGCAACCAGCCCGGCCCGUCUGGCUCUAGUUCCAUGCUCCGCGGUGACCCUAUGGACAUCGACCCAUCCGCCAGCCACGCGACCCUCUUCAUGCGGGACGGCGCAGGCCCUAGCCCACAAUUGCUGGUCGCCGGCGACUCGACGCACGAACUCGAAGAGCGCCUUCUCCGCGGCACCUUUGACGACGAAGAACUCAACGCGCACCUCGCCACCGACCGCGGCAAAGCCCGCGUGCUCGAAAUCCUCUCCCGCACCGAAACCGGCCGACGCCGUGCCGAGGAGAUCUUUGGACCCGCCGUAUGGGGCGGCCACCAGGGCCGUGACCGUGCUAGCGCGCCGUCGUCUGCGGCGCGGGACAACGAUCCCAUUGGCAUUGGUGUUGGGAACGAAGGCGACGGUGACGACAGCAUGUUUGUGGAUCUUGUCAAUGAGGACGAUGAUGACGAUGGUGCCGAUCAUCCUGGUCGCAGUCGGAAGAAGACUAGCGGUGCUGGCGCGGGUGCCAGCAGGAGCAACAGCAGCAGCAGUGGCAGGGAGGCUGAUGGCGAGGCGGCUGCGUGGAUGGACCAGAGGAAGGAACCGUAG